UGUUAUCAUAUUUGACAUGGCCGUCGUACGUCAAAAAAAUUCCUGUUUAUGCCAAUGGCAGAGUGAUAGUUGGGGAUAACUUGCAGCGUAGAAAAUAAAUGUAUAUUUAAUCUAAAGCUCCAGACAAUUGCAGGACGCAUGAAUUUAUCACGUAAGAUAAAUGUGAAGGAAAUAAAUCGUUCUCUCUGCGCUCGUAAGGUUUCAGGUUUCCGUUUGGUAGUGACGAAACAUUUUUCUUGCGGAAUCUAUAGAGGUUGUCUAGUAAAAACCGUGGCUUGCUUUGAUCAGGCAAUACUAGACCGCGUUGUGAACGAAUGGAAAAGUAAACUUGCAAACGUCAAGGCUAAAGGAAAUGCUGUUUUUGUUUUGGGACCAAUGGGUGCUGGUAAAUCGACCAGAAUCCACAAAUAUUUCAAAACUCAUCCUGAAUUUAAAAACUAUGCCUAUGUUGAUACAGACGAAAUCAUGGGGAGCAUAGACGCGUUUAGUGCAGACAAAGUGGACGUUUACUAUCGUCUUGCUAGAAAGGUUGCCAUCAACCUCACUGAUUGGAUUUUGACAAGAAAUAUCAGCUUUGUCGCAGAAGGUACAUGUGUUGAGUACAGUGAACUUAUUGAAUACAUGGAACGUUUGAAAGAGACGGGAUAUAAUAUCCAAGUCAACCCUCUGGUUGCUGAUUCAUUAGAGACAAUAAUUCAGCAGUCGAAGCAGCGAAAAAAUCGCAUCAUCUCAGAAGAUGUUGUUGCUUACAUAUAUAAGCAUGCUAUCAUAGGACUUGAGAAAUUGUAUGAAUACAAUGAAAAAGUUCAUGAUAAGUUAUUUGACGAGUUGGCAAUUCCUUCCAUUGAAGGUGUGCAAGAGGUUAACUGCAGUGCAAAUCCAUUUGUAUUAGGCCAAUAAUUGUUUUCAUGAUUGUUUUAUACUUGUUUGUUUAUUAAUUAAUGUGUAAGAAUUUAUCAAUUUACUAUUUAUAUAAACAUAAAUUCUUAAACACGAAAAAUGUAACUGUAAUUGUGAAUAAUUUGGCUCUUAAUUAAAAAGAGUCAAUUGAUUACGUUUUGAAAUGUAAUGCUAAUUGAGAUUGAGAUGGAAAAAGCCAUUGACACACACUCAAAGUAAAAUAACAAAGAAUAUAUUUCCCCCUUUUUUUUGUGA